CUGGGUCUUCUUCAUAUUCCCUUAUCAUUCAAAUCUUGCUAUUCUUAAUCUUAAACAAAGAUCUGUAUGCUGCAUACUCUUCUUCUCUUUUCUUAGUUUUCUUCUCUCAACAGCAGAAAAGAGAGACAUAGAUAGAGACCCUUCUCUGAGUUCAUCAAAGAAAGCUCUUUGAGAUCUGCCUGACUGAGAUAGGGUAUGAUAAGAAGAUGGGGAGGAAAGGAAAAUGGUUUUCUAGUGUAAGGAAAGCUCUUAGCCCUGAGCCAAAGGAGAAGAAAGAUCAGAAAUCAAAUAAAUCAAAGAAGAAAUGGUUCGGCAAACAACGUGAACCGGAUUCUGAAUCCACCUCCUUAGAACGUGUCAGAGUGCUUUCUCCGCCACCUGCUGCUCCUCCUCCUCUUCCUCAUCAGUCAGAAGAGGUAAAAACAAUUGAAGUGACAAAUGAACAGAACGAACAAGCCUAUUCUGUUGCAGUUGCUGCUGCAGCUGAACCUGUUCAUCCUUCUUUUGAGCCCACGAUGGAGGUUGUUCAACAUGUGAAGGUUAAUAAGUUUGCUGGAAAACCGAGCAAAGAAGUGGCUGCAAUCAAGAUUCAAACAGCAUUCCGAGGAUACAUGGCAAGAAGGGCAUUGCGAGCUUUAAGAGGGCUGGUGAGGCUCAAAUCACUAAUGGAAGGGCCUACUGUAAAACGGCAAGCCAUCCAUACCCUUCAAUGCAUGCAGACCCUAGCCAGAGUGCAGUCUCAAAUUCACUCGAGGAGGGUCAGAAUGUCAGAGGAGAACCAAGCCCUCCAUAGACAACUCCUACAGAAACAUGCACAAGAGCUUGAGAAGUUGCGGAUGGGAGAAGAAUGGGAUGACAGCCUACAGUCGAAGGAACAAAUUGAAGCUAACCUGCUAAGCAAGUAUGAGGCAGCUAUGAGAAGGGAAAAAGCACUGGCUUAUUCAUUCUCCCAUCAGCAAACCUGGAAGAACUCUUCAAGAUCUGCAAAUCCUAUGUUUAUGAACUCAGGCAAUCCUGCCUGGGGCUGGAGCUGGUUGGAGCGAUGGAUGGCAGCCCAUCCGUGGGAGAAUCGGAGCAUGACUGAUAAAGAAAAUAAGGAUCUCUCAUCUGUAAAGAAUGCAAACAGAAGCAUGGUUGGAGGAGAAAUCUGCAAGUCUUAUGCUCGCUACCAGCUCAAUUCCGAUAAAUUCUCACCCUCAGAAGGUGAGAAGGCAAGACAAACUACGAGCCCACGAUCCUAUUCAACUCCUUCCAAGCUGGCUUCUUCUGCAAUAGCUAGAAAAUUGAAAUCAGCAAGUCCAAGGAGCAGCGUUGGGGCCCCAGAUGAUGACUCCAGAAGUAUAGUAAGUAUGCAGUCAGAUCGAUAUAGAAGGCACAGCAUUGCAGGAACACCUGUGCGAGAUGAUGAGAGCCUUGGUAGCUCAUCAACAGUUCCAAGCUACAUGGUACCUACUGAGUCUGCAAGAGCAAAGUCCAGGUUGCAAAGUCCAUUGGGAGCAGAAAAGGAUGGGACACCAGAAAAGGAAAAAAGAACUCCUGGGCCUGUGAAGAAACGGCUUUCAUAUCCACCUUCACCAGCCAGAAUUAGGAGGCAGUCAGGUCCACGAAAGGUGGAAAGCAUCAUAAAUUCAGAAAAUGGUGUGGUCGAUACAGAGGGCUAAAAACUUCUAAUAGUUGAAAGAGGAGUGUGAAAGAAUUAUGAAUUCUUUAAAAAAAACAGAAGAAAAAAGAGGAAAAUAAGGAUCAUUCGAUUACUGAAUCCUCACCUGUUGUGGAAAAUAUUUAUUCAUUGAUGAGAAAGUGUUGUUUUUGGGGUGAAAUAGCCUCUUGGGAUAGUUGUUUCACAAGUAUUGCUUAUUAUUUGUUCUUAUUUAUUUGUUUAUAUAUACUCUAAAUCACUGUUCUGUGACUUGAUAUUUGUAUUAUGAAUUGAUAUAAAAAAUAAUCUCCAAAAUUGACUCUGAGCACCUUGU